UUGACGUUUUGGCAAGGCUGAAGGCAGAGCUUCUGCUUUUCGCUAGAGCUUCACCAAUCACCAUCGGAAAUUUCAGCAGAAGUCGUAUAUGUCAUACGUCCUACUUUGGCGAACAUUCGGGAAUUUAAACACUUGCCGGUGGCCGAUGAUUUAUUUUUAAAGUGCAAACAAAGAAUAUUUUUAUCACCAAGAUGUCGAAUCCCAUUGUAGAAACAUCACAAGGAAAAUUACAAGGGUUUUUAAGUGAAAGUGAUAGUGGGACCAAGUUCUAUACAUUUAAAAGUAUACCAUAUGCUAAACCUCCAAUAAAUGAGCUAAGAUUUUCUCCACCUUUAGCUCCAGACUCUUGGGAAGGGGUCCGUGAUGCUACAAAAGAUUGCAACAUAUGUGCCCAGUUUGACAAAGAGACAAUGAGUGUGGUUGGGGAUGAAGAUUGUCUAUAUUUAAAUGUAUAUACUCCUAAACUUCCAACCGAUGGUGUGGCUCUACCUGUGAUGGUAUUCUUCCAUGGAGGUGGCUUUGUCUUUGGUAGUGGAACAGAUGACUCUAUUCAUGGAGCUGACUAUUUAGUUGAAAAAGAUGUAGUUGUUGUAUCUUUAAAUUACCGUUUAGGUAUAUUAGGAUUUCUAUGUUUGGGUACUAAAGAUGCCCCAGGAAAUAUGGGUCUUAAAGAUCAAGUACAAGCUCUAAAAUGGAUUAAUCAAAACAUUAAAAGCUUUGGUGGAGACCCUGGAAAUAUUACCAUUUUUGGUAUCAGUGCUGGUGGAGCAUCUGUUGAAUAUUUAAUGCUUUCACCUACGGCUAAAGGCUUAUUUCAUAAAGCAAUAGCUCAGUCAGGAUCCUCCUUAUUGCACUGGGCGCAAACAACUAACCAAAAAGUAAAGGAUCUAGCCAAAAUGAUACUAACUUUGAAGAAAAAAAAUACAAAUAAUAAUAAAGAAUUAUUAGAGUACCUGAAAAAGAUGCCACUUGAUGAGUUGAUUAGUAACUCUAUGAUUGUAUUGGCUUUAGAUAAAUGGAGAGGAGGUAUUCAUUUUGGUUUUGUACCGACUAUUGAAGAAGAAGGUGAUUGGGAGCCUUUUAUCACUAAGUCAACUUAUAAUUUAUUAGCUCAGGGUGAGUUUAAUAAAGUUCCUUAUAUGGCUGGUUUUUGUGACCGAGAAGGUCUUUUGAUGGUGUCUCAUGGAGGCCCCAUUUUAGAAAAAUUGACAGAGGAGAAAAACUUUUUAUCUCACCUUCCCUUUGAGAUUGAUGCAACACAAAAGGUUGAGAUGGAAACUCAACUAAAAUGUGUUUAUAUGGAGGGUGAAAAAAAUUACAAGGAUGUUGAUUCCUUUGCAAUUGAUUUCUUCUCAGAUGUAGAUUUUCUUGGUGGUGUUUAUGUUUCCACAAUGUUAAUUGCAAAACACAAUUCACCAGUUUACUUGUAUGAGUUUGCGUAUGAUGGAAGUUUGAAUUAUUUAAAAAAGAAAAUGAAGAUUGAGAGAGAAGGUGCAUGCCAUGGGGAUGAUGGAGGUUACCUUGUGAAGAGUAAAAUCCUGAAAGAUCCUUUAUCAGAAACAGAUAUAUUAGUGAAGGAGAGACUAUGUACUAUGUGGACUAAUUUUGCUAAAUUUGGAAAUCCUACACCGAAGACUGACAAGUCUCUACCUUGUAUAUGGGAGCCUGUAGCGGAAACUGGAUUGACAUAUUUAAAAAUUGAUAAAGAUUUGACCAACAAACAAGAGUUAUACCCAAAACGUAUGAAACUUUUCAAAGAGCUGUAUAAAAAUUAUUAUAAAUCAUAGGUUACAUAAACAUCUUUAUAUAUUUAAACCGUCUGUGCAUGUUUGUCAUGAAAAGUCUGCUAGAUUAGUUACAUAAUUAUUACAGAAGAAAACAAAUUAGAUAACAAAGUUAUUGUGUUUCAAACAUUUGUAACAUAAAACAGUGUUUAUAGAAACUGUUCAUGCCUUUAAGUAUACAAUUUUCUGUAUGUGAUUAAAUGUGAUUGUAUGUAAUAAAUAUUGUUUAAUAAAUUAAAGGAAAUUACAAUUUUACUAAAAGA